AUGCCACCACCUGUCCAGGUCGCAUUCAAGCGCAUCGGCGAGCCCGUGGUCGGUCAAAACGGCUACCUAGGCUUCCUCAAAGGCAAGACUGAGGUCCACAAAGCUGGUUCGAGGCCAGGGAACGCAAAGCUCUGGACUCCNGACAUACUCGUCGAACACGAUGUCGAGAUAGUUGUCCGUGACGGCGCUCGUCUGUAUGUAGAUAUCUACCGCCCAGCCGACUCGGACGAGAAGAUUCCCGCAAUCUUGAGUUGGUCGUUCUAUGGCAAGAAGUACAGCGCCCUCGAUAUGUUGCCCAUUUGUGUGUGGAACUGCUGUGUUACCAAGGAUAUGCUCAGUGGUUUGGAGAAAUUCGAGGGACUUGACCCUGCACGUUGGUGUCCUCGCGGUUACGCGAUCAUCAGUGUCGACUCGAGAGGAGCUGAUGGUCAGAUCUCCGUCAUGGGAACCCAAGAUGCCGAAGACGGCUACGACGUGGUAGAAGCGAUUGCAAAGAUGGACUGCAUCGGUAUGGCUGGCAACUCGGCUCUCGCCAUCUCACAGUGGAACAUUGCUUCAUUACAACCUCCAUCACUCAAAGCUAUCGCACCAUGGGAGGGCAUGGACGACAUCUACCGCGAGCAAUUCUGCAGAGGAGGCUGGUUCUCAAUGAGCAACUUCGAUCUGAUCGCAAAAGCCAUCGUCCGCGGCAACCCAAACUCUGGCUUGGAAGAUCUGGACGAGAUGUACCGAAGGAAGCCUGUGGACAGCAAAUUCUGGGAGGACAAGAGAAUCGACAUGAAGAAGAUCAAGUGUCCUGUCUACAUCAGAGGUUCAGAAGUCAGUGCUUUGCACACCAUGGGUUCCAUCAGAGGAUGGCUGGAGAUCGAGCACGAUCAAAAGUGGAUCCACUGGGGCAGUACCCAAGAGUGGUACGAGCUGUACGGUCAACCCGAGUCAAACCACGAGUUGCAGAAAUACUUCGACCGCUUCUUGAAGGGCAAGCAGAAUGACUGGGAGAAGACUCCAAGACUCAACUGGUCGCUCCUCCAGUUCGGCGACCGCAAAGCCAUCGAAAACGUCCUCAUCGAAGACUUCCCCGUCCCAAACACAGACUACAAAGAAUUCUACCUCGGCCAAGACAAGAAGCUCGUCGACGCACCUCCUUCAACCCUCCAAAAGUUCUCCUACGACUCGGAAAAGCACCUCGGCUUCUCAGAGUUCAUCUACACUUUCGAUAAACCAACAAGCCUGCUCGGUCUUCCCAAAGCAAUCGUUUACAUUUCCUGUGCAGAUACCUCCCGCGACGACUUUACCGUCUUCAUCAUCCUGCGAAAGCUAGACAAGGACGGCAAGACCCUGUAUCAUCUCAACUUCCCCAUCGAAGCCACACCAGUGAACUCCAUCGACGAGAUCCCCGAAAAGGAAAUGGCCUCUUUGAACCUCUUCUCCGGUGCAACAGGCAUCCUCCGCGCCUCUCAGCGCGAAAUCGACGAGUCCAAGAGCAUACACCCGCAAUUCCCUUUCCACCCUCACAAGCGCCAGCAAAAGAUUUCUCCAAACGAGAUUGUCAAGUUGGAGAUUGGUAUCUGGGCUAUGGGUGUGCAUUACGAUGCUGGCGAAAGUAUUUCGGUCAGGAUUGGUGGACAGCAGCCUUCCAUUGCCGAGUUUACGAGUUUCUCUGGGCCGAGGCCGGAGCAUGAGUUGAACAGGGGUGAUCACAUUAUUCACUCUGGUCCUGACUACCCUAGCAAGAUUAUCCUGCCAUUCGUGGAUGUCAAGGUUUGA